GUAGGCAGCUUGCAGUGUAAGGGGCGGUGUGUGUGUGUGUGUGUGUGUGAGAGAGAGAGAGAGAGAGAGUCAUAUAAAACCCAGGAGCGGAGCAGUGCUGCUACAUUUGGAGUGCCCACUUCAGAGAGAAAGGACAAACCCUUAGAACUUCUCGCAGUCGCGCGUCCGCGUCUACACCUUGUCCUGUCUGCGCGCUCACCGGAAUAACCACGUGAUCAGCGUGGGUGCGACGUCACCUGAAUACCGUCCAAACGCUGAAGGAAUGUAACCGUUGAGCCGGUUAACCGGUACAGCCAUGGUGUGAAAUGGCUCGGGGAGUCCUGGUCCCGUUGCUUCUCGCUCCUCAUACUGGAAGCAGCUGAACUUGCGGCGGUAGCGCGAGGAUGGAGCACAUGGCGGAUGUGAAGUGUAAGAUGGUGGUGGUGGGAGACAGCGCGUGCGGCAAAACGGCCCUGCUCACCGUCUUCGCCAAAGACUGCUUCCCGGAGAGCUACGUACCCACAGUGUUUGAGAACUACACAGCCAGCUUUGAGAUCGACUCUCUCCGAGUGGAGCUCAGCCUCUGGGACACAUCCGGAUCACCAUACUAUGACAACGUACGUCCGCUCUCGUACCCCGACGCAGAUGCGGUGCUCAUCUGUUUCGACAUCAGCCGACCAGAAACCCUGGACAGUGUGCUCAGGAAGUGGAAGGGUGAGAUUGAGGAAUUUUGUCCCAAUACUAAAAUGCUCCUGGUUGGUUGCAAAUCAGAUCUUCGUACAGACCUGGCAACCUUUGUGCAGCUUUCCAACGAGUUGCCACUAACCUACGAUCAGGGUUCAAACAUGGCCAAGCAGAUCUCAGCUCCUUACAUCGAGUGUUCUGCACUGCAGUCGGAGAACAGCGUGAGAGACAUUUUCCAUGUGGCUGCUUUGGCUUGUGUCAACAAGAGCAACAAAAAUGUAAAGCGUCACAAGUCUUCCAGAGCCACCAAGAGAUCCUCGCACAUGCCCAGUAGAGCCGAGCACGAUUCAAUGUCAUGUCUGCACAAGAGCAAGGCCAAAACCUGUUCUGUAAUGUGAAGAACCAACAGAAACUCUUUUCUGCAUUUUACUUGGAUUUGUUUGCCAUCUGGAUCGAAAUCAUGGAUUUUUUUUGCACUUUAUACAAAUUCAGUGACUUCAGUGACCAAGAUGGCUACGUUAUAUUAUAUAUAUAAUUUUCAGGAGUGCCGAAGUCUGGAACCCGAGAGACCUGAAUUCAUGAAGUGUUCAUUGCUGUGCCAAAACCUGAUUUCCUUUUUUUUUUAAAUGUAUGCAGGACUUAAAUGAUGGAUUCAAAAUCAUCAAGCAAACUAUAAGCAGGAAAAAGGAAGUCAUUAAAAUUCUAAUAGUCAUGACAGAUCUAGCACCUAAACCCCGCUUAUAUUUAGUGGAUGUAUUUUACUACAGUGAGUGAAUCUAAACUCAGCUAUGUCCCUUGACCCAAGCAGAACAUGAUGGACUGUGGUAAGUCUUUUCAGAACUGAGAAAUUUUGUAAAUGAAACUGAAGCAAUAAAUCAAUCUUAACCUCC